AUGAACUAUCCACAUGCCAAAUACAUUGAAGUCGACUUUGGCGAGGUGGAGGUGGGGGUGACAAACAUCAAAUCAAUCAGAGUCGUUAAUCGAUGCAACGUGAGACAGUCAUACUACGUUCAACGAGAUUCAGCGAGCAACCCUUUGGACUGCGUUUUCCACAUGUUCGAGUACAGCUGGUCUCUAGACUCGUGCGGCUCUUACGUGUGCGACAUAAGCUACAGGCCCAUUCUGCCAAACAGAAAAUACGUCGAUUACUUUUUCAUCAUAGACACGUAUGGCUGCUGCAACGAGAUUUUUGCUUUUGGAAGGUCCGCCGGUCCGGACGUCACCGUGUCCCCGAACAGGUUGAUUCUGGUGUGCAACGACGAGUGCUGCGUCUCGCAGAAGAGCUUCAAAUUGACAAAUCGCUCGAGCUGCCCUGCAAAGUUUACGUUCGACAUCGACGUGGCCCAGUGCCCUUUCCAAAUCAGCAAGACCAGUGGAGUCGUAACGGCAGCCUCGAGCAAGUCUUUCAGCGUUUCUUUUCGGUCCACCAGCCUUGGGAUCCACAAGUACCGUCUGACCUGUCUCGUACUGAAUCAAGCCCCGCUCGUUCUCGAGUUGUACGGCAUCUGCGGCUGCGCCCUCGACAAAGAGUACAUCAGUUGCAUCACAUCCAAGAUCGAGGAUGCCGAAGGACCCAAGUUCACGGACAGCUUCGCAGACUACAUGAGCGACGUCACCACGGCCAUCAAGACCGAUCCUCCGGCGAUUUCCUUGUCCGAUGUUUUCUUGGAUUUCGGCCACGCCAAAGUCGGCCCGGAGAGUUGUGGGAAAAGACCACCGCUGACCACUUCUCUCACCAACCACACCAACUUUGGCCUGCUCGUCCUGUGGGAGGAGGACGUGUCCGGAGUGUUCCACGUGCAUCCCCAGGAGGCAAAGAUGCUGGCCAACCAGUCGAUCGUCUUCGAGGUCCGGUUCGAUCCGCUCGAGGUGCGCGCCUUGUACUCGAGGGAGCUGGUCGCCCGCGUCUUUCGACUGCCCUGCUGCCCGUCGCUCGUCAAAUCGACGCACCACCACGAUCUGCUUCUGAACGUCGUUCCCGACAUCGUUGAUAUUCGGCUCAUCGGUCACACUUACGGUAGAAGCUCGAACGACUGGCUGCCGCAGUACGAGGUCCCAGAAACGGUGAUAAUGCCGGCUUGCGAGCCGGCCACGCCAGCUUACGCGACGUUUAUUGUAAAGAACUUUGGAAAGCAGUCCCUCAUGUUCCGCUUCGUUCCGCCGGCUACGUCUCAUUACGCCAUCAAGCCGAUGAUGGGGCUUGUCACCGCCGAACAGGAACACCGAGUGAUAGCGGUGCAGCUGUUUGCUGAGUCGGAGGGUAACCACGCGCACGUCGAACGCUGGGCUUGUUGGCUCAACGGUAGCCCCUCUAACGAGAUCCACAUCGACCUUCACGGCUUUGCCGAACGUCCCGAGUUGAUUUUCGGGCACGAGAACCGCGUCGUCUUCGAUCCGGUCCACGUGAAUUGCCGAGAAAGCCUUAAGGUACCGGUGCGUAACUCGACGCGACACACUGUCAGAUUUGAGUUGUGCCGGUUGAGCUUGCCGGAGGAGUUGAGCGUAGAAAAAACGAGCGGAACGGUGGAACCGAACGAAACGGUCUUUUUCGACUGGCUUUUCCAGCCCGGUAGAGCUCAAGUUUAUGAUUUCGGCCUAACUUGUCGACUGGCUACAAUUUCUGAUGGUAAAUCCCGCGAGUUGGAGAUUUUGGUCUCAGCAACCAGCGCGGAAGGAACUCUCAUGGCUGUACCCGAAGAUUUGGAUCUCGGCGUACUGGAGUACAACGAGUUGGGAGAUGCGCAGUUUACGAUAUUCAACUUCAGUCCGGUCACGAUCCAUUUUCUCGUGGCUCUCCAGGGAACAGGGGAUCCGGAGAACCAGCGGGACGUGAAAAUUUCGCAGGUACGGGGCUCCGCGCGUCCGGGCAAGAGCGAGAAAUUUAGGGUCUCGGUGACUCCUACGCGACCCGGCCGGCAUGAAUUGGUCGUCGAGUACUUUGCAAGACCCAGUGCGACGGACGAUGAUCCGAUAUGCCUGUCCCAGCCCAAGCAUCUCUGCAAACUCUCCUACUCCUGCUACUUGUCUGUUUUCCAGGUCAAAGACUUGCUGUACCAAGCGAAUUCAAAUAAGAAUUUGAGUAAACUCUCAUUGUGGAAAUCUCUGAACAUAGACAAUUUGAAUUGCGCGUUAAAAGACUUGCUGCCUCACCAGGAAGCUUUGAUCGGCAUGACUUUACCGUUCGAUUCACUGUAUGAGAACGAAAGGUUGGUUAUCAAACUAUUGGUAGUUAACACGAAUCCCGUGAAGCCGAACGAAAGGUGCACAUUAUCGAUCGAAGUAACAAGCAAUCCCCUACAACUGACCGGAUUGUUUUGGGAUUUGAAUAUCGGACAAGAACGGCGGAUUACUUUGAACAUAAACUUUGAGCUCCCCGUAAUUGCAUCAGGCGAUCGUUUGAAGUUCAAAAGUGUUUUUUUAGGUCAACGCACGAACGCCCAACACCAGGCCAUUUGGUUGUACAACGGUGAGGAAAAUGAAAUUGCAUAUGCGGUCGAAACGAAAAGCCUCGCGGCCUUCAAUAAAAAGAAUUACGGCGUGAUUUUCUCAUGUUUGGAUCCAGAAGGAACGAUCGGCUCUUACGAGCGUAAAGCUGUCGUGUUCAGUUUUUGUCCCAACAAAAUUGGGACAUUUCAAGCAACAGUUUUGGUGACAGUCGAUCAGAGAGAAUCACUGCUUGGCAUAGAAGCUCAAUCUACCAGCAUUAAAAUGCCAAUUGUUGCAAACUACGAAACGUGUCCGGCUUCUUACACCUUUUUGUCCGAGGAUAUCAUCGUUUACUUCAACAAAGACUACAUAAUCACGCCGCCGUUGCCAACUUUUGGGAGGGUGACGCAAAUUGUUAUUGUCCACAAUCACCAUCAGCGCGAUGUGUUGCAUUAUCAAUGGCAAAAUUACGAAAUACCAGGUGCACUGAAAGUCAAAGUGAAUCCGAUGAGUGGCUUGAUCCAGCCACAGUCACGUUUAACGUUUCUCAUCGAAGUAGUUGCUGGCAAGUACACGUGCUCGUUGGAUAUCGACGUGUUUUGUAAUUUCACGAAUGUCAGUGAAAGACGACUCGCGGAGAAGAGAAAGGCUCGACAAGAUGAUUUGUUGAGACAACUGAAAGAUGAAUUUACCAUAACUGAUAAGGGUAUAAGUUAUCCGAAAAAACCCGAAUUUGAAGAAGUGAAAGAAACAUCUACUUAUUGCAAGGCUUUAACGAUUAAAGUCGAUGUUUACGAUCCACGAGAUACCGACAGCAAAGUUGAAUUGAAGCAACAUUUGAAAAUUGUCACGCCAAUUGGGGAAAUUACACGAGAUACGGUUCCAUCCGAAGGUACUUUUUCAGAAAUCGAAAUCAACGAUUGCUCUCAGAUUUUGGAAUGCACCAUAUGGGACAUUAUCAACUGCAACUCAUUCGAUAAAACAUUGAAAAAUGAUCUGACAACAGUGCAUAAUCUCAAAUAUUCGCAGUUACCAACUGACAUUGUGAAAAGAAAAAUUCAAAAUGGGAGGAGUGACUGUGUUCUGCCUAAACAUUACAUCGAAGAUAUAUUGCACACUAUUAUAUGUAUGAGCGUUCAUGAAGAAUUUAAUCUCAACACCAACCACUUUUCACAUCCUACGGAUGCCCGAGAGAUAUCAUAUCACAAAGUAUAUUCCGAGGCAUCCAAUGAAAAAGCUGAAUAA